AUGGCUGACAUCACGGCCUCGCCCUCGGCCUCCUCCGCCUCGACCGAGCUGAUGCACAAGGGCUGCAACAUUGGCUUUGAUGCGCUUGAAGCCAAUCGCGCCCUGAACAGAGUCGAGGACAGCGUCACCGCCAGAGAGGCCGCGGUUCCCGUCGAUCUCGUGUGGCGCGACCUCACGUUCGAUGAGCUUGCUCCCACUACCACCUCCACUGGUCGCGAGCCCACACCGAUUAAGCAGGGGCUCAAACGCGUCCUGCACGGCCUCAGCGGACAAGUCCGCACGGGACAGGUACUCGCCAUCAUGGGCGCCUCCGGAAGCGGGAAGACCACACUGCUAAAUUUGCUUUCUGGUCGCAUGAAGUCGAGUACCAAGUGUGUGUCGGGCGGCAAGAUUUUCGUGAAUGGCCAUUCGAGGGAUUAUGAAACCUUUCCGCAGAUUGCAAAGUUUGUCGAACAGGAUGAUACCACGAUGUUUGCGGAACUCACCGUACGCGAGCAGAUUCUCUUCGCAGCCCGCUUGGCCUUGCCCAGCAGCGUGUCGGAGACGCAGAAAGUCGCUCGCGUGGACAAGAUUAUCCAAGAGCUCGGCUUGACCAAGGCGAAGGACACCUACGUGGGUUCGGAGCUUGUCAGAGGCGUCAGCGGUGGUGAAAGGCGUCGCGCGGCUAUCGGUGUCGAGCUGGUCACCGAUCCGUCCUUGAUUUUCUUGGACGAACCUACGACAGGGCUGGACAGUUUUAAUGCGCUUAAUGUCAUGUCUUCUCUGCGCCAGCUCGCGAAAAACGGACGUACAAUCGUUACUACGAUUCAUCAGCCCAGGUCUAGCAUUUUCCAUUUAUUUGAUAUGCUCUGUCUUAUUGCCGAGGGUCGCACUGUCUACUUUGGCCCUGCCGCUGACGUCGCCGACUACUUCGGAAAUCUGGGCUUCCCAAUGCCCGUCAGUUUCAACGUCGCUGACUUUGCCAUUGAUGUUUUGUCCAUUGACCCCCGCACGAAAGAGAAGGAAGUCAAGAGCAAUGCGCGCGUUCAGUAUAUUUCUGACCACUAUCACGAGAGCGUCGAACCCCAGGUAUUGGCACAAGCCCAUGAUUUUAAUGAGAGUGACUCGUUGGGGAAAUUUGCAGGCAGCAAGCGCAAGAACUCAAGUUUCAAGGAAUUCUGCAUUCUCACGCGACGCACUUUGCUUUUGAUGUCCAGAGAACGGCAGCUCAACACUAUUCGACUCAGUCAGACGCUCUUCUUUGGAAUCUUGUUGGGCUUAAUCUGGCUAGACACAGGAAGAGAAACGACUGCGGACGAUCGCCGAGCCGUGCAGGGUGUUAUUUUCUUCAUUGUUAUCAAUCAGUGCUUUGAUGCUGCGUUUGGGAUCAUUUUUUCAUUUCCUGCCGAGAAGGCAAUUAUCAAUCGUGAGCGCUCAAGCGGUUUCUAUCGCGAUACAUCGUAUUUCGUGGGCAAGCAGCUUUGCGAACUUCCUCGAGCUGCGUUCUUCAAUAUCCUGAUGUUAGUCCUUGUAUACUUCAUGGCCGGACUGAAUCCGGAUGCGGGUUCAUUCUUCACCUUCACGCUUAUCUGCAUACUUGUCGCACUUUGCGGUGAGGGUCUUGCACAAUCGAUCUCUGUGUUCGCAGGCGAUGAACAGAUGGCAGCCGCAGUGGUUCCCGUGGCAGUAAUUUUCCAGGUUUUGUUUGGCGGGUUCUUCAUCCGUCCAGACGCCCUAGCUGGGUACAUAAAGUGGAUGCGGUGGCUAUCUUUUAUUUACUACGCAACCAAUGCUGCCAACCAAGUGGAAUUUUUCGGUCGUGGAGACGGUAACAUAGAUGACAUUAUCAUAGAGCAAUUGGAUUCAAGCUUGUCGAAGUGGACAAACAUCGCUGUUGUCGCUGGCUUCGUUGCCGCUUUGAAGUUGACAUACCUGGUCACGCUGCAUCUAACAAAGCCGAGAUUUGAUCGUAACUUGUAAUUGCUGAAGCUUGUCGCCAUCAAAAGGGAGGGUAGCAAGGCUCAAAGAAAAAGCGUGUAAUGGAAAAAAACAAUUUAAAGACUUGUUAUAUCCGCUUUUACCGAGCAUGCUACAUGAGAAGCGUAGGAACCCCAGAAACCGAUUAAACUUUUCACAACCCUGGCAGGCGAUGGCGUGAA